AUGGCUCUCACUGUCACCAAGUCAUCUGUUGCCACUGUAACAAGCACGUUGACUGUUGCCUCUGUGGCCCUAAAAGAUAAACGCGAUGCUGGCCCCGAACCAGCCCUUGACAUCCUGCCACGCCAAGUGACGGCCACCCCAACUGCCAUCCCAGCUGAUGCAUCAGCGUGUUCUGGAAUAGUUCGUUACUCCAGCGCCUGUUCCUGCAUAGGCGCCACCCACAGCAUCACGACCGUCAAGGCUCCAACCACUACCACCACGGUCUCGAAGACGACCACCAUCACCGAGUGCGCAAGCCCAUUCCCCACAUUUGUCCUCCAACUGGAAAAUUCUGGCAUCGUCCUGAACGGCAUCGCUCUAGACGGAAACUACGCCCAAUUCGACGACGGAGACGGUCCUGUAAUCGGCUUCAAUGGCUCUCCCCGCUCCCAAGCCAUCAUUCUAUCCCUCAACGCAGCGGGGAACCUGGUCAUGGAUCAAAACGGGCUUAUCGCUGCGAUGGAUUACGGACAGUCGAUGGAGCUUCUGCACUUCACCGACGUUGCUGAUGCUCACGCUACGGAAGACCCAGCGGUUUGCUCCGUCUCCGGUGGCCAAUUGACAUGCAGCACCGGAGCACCGAAGAUUUUGCUGCUUUGUCCUGGGUUUGGUGCGACCAAUGACUUGUUCAUUGCAGUCAGUUUUGAGCCUGCACCGUGCGUCUUGCCGACUAUCAAAGUCGUUCCUGUUUGUGUGGUUCCCUAG